AUGAACAAACGAGAAGAGGAUAAAGCGCAGAGGUCGGAGGAGUCGCGAGAUUCCAAAGAAGGCUCGAUGUCGCCGAUAGACUUGUCCAAAUUUACGGACGAAGAGUACAUCGCACCACCACAUCACAAAGAAGAGGUACACAACGAUCACAUUCAUCAACACGGCGGCGAACAGCCGCAGGCGUCGGAGGACGCGAUGGAUUGGUUGGAUCAGGCGACGAAUACGACGCAUUAUUUCGCCGACCCUUUGGAUACGUUUAUGCAAAAUUUUCAAAACGCCAACGCGGGUGCGGGCGGGAGCUCGGAAGAUGCAGACUACGGAGGCGUGCAAGCGCACGAGACGCACUUUUCUUUAGAUUCGAGGAUAUUUGAGAACGAUUCGCAGCCUGAAACGAGCGGGGUGCACGUGGACGCGUUUAACUUUGAGGCGAGCGGGCCAGCCGGGAGAAGGCAACACAACGCAGAUGUGGUAGCCGCGAAUACGACGAAUAAGCACGGAUCGUUAGCGUCGUCGUCGGCGGUGAGCAGAGGUGGAAGUGGUGGCAGCACGAAGGCGACGACGUCGGCGAAGAAACCGAGUUCGUCAUCGUCCAAGAGUAAAUCGUCGAACAAGAGCAACAACAACAACAACAACAACAACAGCGACAACAGUGACAGGAACAUCAACAAAAAUUACAACUCAUCAUCAGUGCAAAGAAGCACAUCGUUUACGAAACCGAGAAAGACGAGUUCUUUCAAGAAAUCGAAUUUAAGUGGAGUAAAGAAAGCGAGUUCGCACGUCGAUUUGACGAGUGCGUUUACCGACUUGGAGCAAGGCAUGAUGCAUUUGAACUCCAAUCAAAUCCAACCGGGCGUGAUGCGUCGCAUCCCCUCGGAGCUUCGAAUGCAGCAACUCGCGCGAUAUCGCGAAAAGAGAGCGAGACGUAGAUUAGGCCACAAAAAAAUUCGAUACGAGUGCCGCAAGACGCUCGCAGAUAACCGACCGAGGUUCAAAGGUCGGUUUGCUAAGAUUAUACCGACCGUGGCUUCGGAAGGCGACUUGUCGACGAUGUCGGCGCCAGAACCCGGCGAAGGCGUCGCAGCCAUGAACGACGUCUUAGACUCCAUGGAAGCAAAAAGCAAAGGUCCUGGAGAUGAGCUCACUAAAACCGAACAACAGACGAAGAAAGAAAAUGUGAUUAAGAACGCAAACGAAAAAGCAGCGGCGGCGACGAGAAAAACGAGGGCCGAAACCGCGGCCGCCGCGGCGUCGAAGAAAACCAGAGCAAACUCAAACUCUAAAGGUUCCGAGGAAACUAACGAUAGCGAAACCGCCGAGAGCGAUUUGUUUUCUAUUGAGAUACCAAAGAGAACGCGAGCUAUGCGAAGAUUGCAAUCGAACGCGAGAGGUUUGCGAGCUUCGCAAUCCGAAGUUUCUCUCGUCAAACUGGUUGAAUCCUAA